AUGGGCUCUCUUGAUUCAGAGUCCAAGCUCCCCUGGUUCAAGACGCCAUGCGUCCACAGCCCUCAGAUAUCCCAAGUUGCUGGCUGCAACAUAUAUCUCAAGCUUGAAAACCUCCAGCCUUCGGGCUCCUUCAAAUCACGAGGCAUCGGGAACCUCAUGACCCGCGCCGCUGCCGCUGCCUCUGGCCCCGUCCACUUCUAUUGCUCUUCUGGAGGCAAUGCCGGACUUGCCUGUGCCACCUCGGCGGCUGCUCUGCGGCUCCCGGCCACGAUUGUCGUCCCAGUUCUUACUUCUUCUCUGAUGAAGAGGAAGCUUGCCGAGUUGGGCGUCGAGGUCCACCAGGUUGGCAGCAAUUGGGCUGCCGCUGACCAGUAUCUUCGGGAAGAGCUGCUGGCAAAGGACCCUACCGGAGCCUAUGUCCCGCCCUUUGACCAUCCGCAUGUGUGGGAGGGAGCUGCAACUAUGAUCCCUGAGCUCAAGGAGCAGAUGGAAGAUUCCAUAGACGCCGUCGUCUGCAGUGUCGGCGGAGGCGGACUUCUCAAUGGUCUAAUGCAGGGGAUAGAAUCCCUCCAAUGGCCAGGCGUAAAGCCCCAGGUCCUAGCUGUUGAGACAUCCGGCGCCGACAGCCUCAAUGCCAGUGUCCUGGCCAAAUCACACGUCACACUGCCGGGAAUCACUUCCAUCGCAACAUCACUCGGCGCCACGCGCGUAUCCGAGCAGACGUGGAAAUGGAGCCAGAACUCGAACCUACAGAGCCUCGUCGUUUCUGACGCCGACGCCGCCAUGAGCUGCGUGAGGUUCGCCGACGACGCUCGACAUUUGGUCGAGGCCGCCUGUGGCGCAACGCUUGCCCCUGCCUAUCGUGGCCUUCUUCGGGAACGUCUUGGAAAGGGGCUUUCCGACGAGGAAUGGAGCCGCAAACGCGUGGUGCUGGUUGUGUGUGGUGGAUCCAACAUCACUCUGGAAAUGUUGCAGGCGUACGCUGAAAAGUACAGCGGGGAGUCCUGCAUCAAGAUCUAA